CAAUGGUCUGCACUGUGCUGCUGCGGUUGGUCUUUACCUCUUGACUCGCAACGAUUAGGAGGAGCGGAAUGCUGGAAAUACGUAUGUAAUAUAUGGCACCUCUGGGAGAACGAGAGUUUUGUCUGUUUGGAAACCAGCAGCCGGAAUAAGUAACUGGAUGUAAAAAAGAAGAAAGAAAUAUUCUGGAUUUGCUUGUUUUGCUAAGGAAAAGGGGAAAAAUAUCUUGUACCUCUAAUGUUCCGAAAAGCCUGAGACUGGGAAGACAAAGAAACAGGAUCGGAGAAGUUUGCCUGCUUCACUGAAAUGUAGACUCAUCAUAAACAAGGAUGGUGUGGCGGUAGUUGUAUGGAGUUGGAACUAGGGGCAUUUUUCGAAAGGAUAAACGUGGGAAACAGUGUUAGAAAAACUUUCCUUUGUUCCCCACACCGCGGACGAACAACGAAGCAGGGGUCGCACGCUUGGAUUGUUUUAAAAGCGAUUUCUUUACGCACGCUCUGCGCACACUGGUUUUCAAACUCCAAGAGGCGCAUGUUAAGCACGUUGUGCGAUAGUGACUGCGGAGGCACGCGAGGGAGGCUCCGAAAGUCCGGCGUGAUGUUUUUACUUUUCCUCCUCGCGAUCGUGCCGUCCGGUCACGGGUGCCCGGAGGAAUGCUUGUGCUCCUUACAAACUGUGAAAUGCCAAAACAAGGACUUGGACAAGAUUCCGCAUUUCAUACCAAACAACACCAAAAUUCUAUUUGUGUCAGGAAACAGCAUUUCUCGUAUUAGUGGGGACUCCUUCCCAACCCGCCUGGAGCUAUUAACAGAUCUCCAUCUCAGUGGGAAUGAGCUGGAGUAUGUGGAUACGAUGGCAUUUAACAACUUGCCAAACCUUGUGCGGCUGGACUUGAGCAACAACACACUCCAGAAUUUCAAUGAAAGCGCUUUCCCCAAUGACACUAAACUGCAGCACUUGAACCUCAGUAGGUCUUUGCACAAUCACUCCACCACAGAUGAGCUUCUAAAUUUCCUGCGCAGCGGGAACCUCGUCAAUCUUACAGUCUUGGACCUGUCCAACAAUGACCUUGUGAUUCUUCCCAGCGACAUAUUCACUCAUCUUUCCAGCCUGGUCAGCCUCAGCCUGCAGAACACCUCCAUCAUCAACAUCCACAACGGGACUCUCAGAGUGCCCCCAUUGCGUGAACUUGACCUGAGGAACAACAGCCUGAAACACCUGUCCAGCAAAAUGAUGGCAGAGUUCAGCCUUAAGCCGGACCUCCGCAUCCAGCUGGCAGGGAACCCCUGGCUUUGCAACUGCUUUAUCGAGGACACGCUGAUGUGGCUGAAGAACUCCACUCAGGUCGUCGACGUCCAGAACCUGACCUGCACGAACCCCAAGGACCUGAGACACCAGCCGCUUCUGCAGUUGGAGAAGUACGAGCUGAAGUGCUCGAUGGAGAUGAAGGGUGUGCUGGGGACUUCUUACGUGUUCCUGGGACUGGUGCUGGCCCUGAUCGGUGUCAUAUUCCUGCUGGUGCUCUACCUGAACAGAAAGGGCAUCAAACGGUGGAUGUACAACAUCCGGGAUGCUUGUAGGGACCACAUGGAGGGGUAUCAUUACAGGUAUGAGAUAAACUCUGACCCACGUUUGGCCAACCUGAGCAUCAAUUCAGAUGUGUGAAGAGGGGGCGUACAGCGUGGCAUCGGCCUGGGACCGUGCAGUGAGAUAAUAAAUGACUUUAUACUAUUAAGAUUUGCAUGAAAGUCUUCCUCCCCCCCACCCCAUGAUAAUACUCAGACUUUGCACCUGUCGCCGCUCCUUUUUACCCACCCCGUAGUGACUUCCCCAUCAGCCACUGCCGCAUGUCCCGUACCAGUCACCUGGCAGCUGCGAUGUCAGCAGCAUUGUCUCUGUGUAACAGUGCAUGGACAAUGAGUCAUGGCAAAGGGGUUUUCUGGACAGUUGCAAAGAGUGAUAUGUUCUAUUUUUACUUUCCCCUAAAGGAUAAACGAAUGAAGGGAACUGACUUGUAACUGAAAGAAUAGUUGGUGAAAACACGCUGCCAGUCGUUGCAUCCUUCUCGUAAAGCCUCAGCUGCAGACAAAUGUUACACUGCUUGAGUUUGUUUUUAAUACGUGAACAUGUAAUACAGUAUGCCUUCUUUUGAAUGAUUAUAGUGCACACUGCAUUAGCUCUUCGGAUUUAUUAGGUGGAUGUGAUUGCUCUUUUUUUUCUCCUGUGAUGAUAUUCAGCUGAAUAAAAUGCCUCUGGAUUGCUGGUAUCUGUCUCGACUGAGGGCCUUUUAAUUGUAAGACUGAGGAACGUGAUCCCAAGGCUGUGAUGAAGGAGUUCACGGGCACACGGGCACACACUUACAUUCCCGAGGCAGGGCCACAGCUCGGCUAAAAACCACAUGACAAACACUAAAUCUCACUCCAGCUGUCAGCGAGCUCAGCAAUGUGUGAAACGUUUGCACUUUUGCCACUUAUAGUAUCUCCAGGGUAACAGUGUACGGCUGUGUUCUCAUUAACAAGCAACUUUCUGUGGAAAAGAGUCAAAUUCUGAUGUUGAAUAGAGGACACGUCCUGAAUUCAAAUGAGCCUCUGUCUGCGGGUUUAAAGGUGAUGAGAGUAGCCCAACUGUUAUCUCCGGUCCAAUUUACUUCACGCUGUGUGUCUGAUAAAGAACCACUGGCUCUGCUGCGACCCCCCCCCCCCCCCAGAAUAAUGUCUGUGAGCCUGCACUGCAGCCAGAAGACUAAUCUCACCACUAACAGCUCCUACCAGCGUUUACUGUAAGCAUUUCAAUAUGCUCCAGCUGCAAAAACCCAGGAAAAAUUCAGUGUUCGUGUCGCUCCAUGGCACAUGCAAAUGAAGGAAAACCGAACCAGAGAUGCUGGUGCUCAUGGGGGCACACGGAGGUAUUAUGGAAAUGAGCUCAAGCAGCUUUUCUUUUCAUGUAACCCUGUUUUAGGGGAACUUGCAUCCCUGGAAGUAAGUCAUUAGUGUUUUUACUCAACUGUCAGUUGCUGUUGUUUUGGAGUGUUUUUCUUUCUUUUUUUUCAUGUUGUCCACUAUAGUAUGGAUUAAUAAUUUAAUAAUGCGUGGUAUUCCUUUGAAGGGGAUGCCAUGCGUGUUGCCGUCUAGCAGUACAAAUUAAUGAUGUUUGUUGUGUCUGCAUGCAGGAACAACUGUGAACUUCCUUGGCCUUUAAAAAAAAAAGCGAUUACAGAGAAUCAUCUCCCUAUUCCUAAAUUUCUUUAACGACUGGCCUCACGUUGCCCGCAGCAUGCUAUUUCCAGUGCACGCAGCGUGCCUCUUGCACAGAUUUCCUUCACAGUUUUGCCAGGCCUGCGUGUUUCUGCACAUCUGUGUGUUUCAGGGUAGGGGGGAAAAAUAAGAGCUUUUGUCAUCAGCUGCUGCUGCUGCUGUAGUUGAGACUGUCUCUGGAUGUGUCUGGUUAGACUUGUUGGAUAUCAGAAAGGGAAGUCAUGUGGAACGCUGUCUGUGUUAUCUGGUGCUCCGGUUGGUGUUGAUGCUUUGUGUGUAACCUGACAGACGCGGCAGGUAAUGCUGUGUGAUACUGCAAAUUUUGGUAUCGAUGUGAUACCAAAUAAAUACAGGGCCAGCACUGACGAUAUCACUACCAAUACUUUUGACUUAUUAAGGCUGCUUAUGGAGGGGAGAGCAGUGUGUCAUGAUUUAUGAAAUGAAUCGUCAUCAAUUUGCAAAUUCUGAACACAUUUCAGUGACCACUAAAUCACUGUGAUUUUUACUUUUCACAAUAAUAACACAACAAAACACACCUUUCAGCUUUUCAUGUAUUCUGAAUCUGGGUUUUUGGGGGACCUGAAAUGUAAAUGUGCCUGUCUCUAAACAAGAUUUAAAUGUGUUAUCAGAUAUAGAUAAAUAGAAACAAAAAGGUUCGGAUAUUUUUCAUAGUGCACAUUUGAGGCAAAUGUUUUCAUUUCAGAAAGAAAUAAUGAAUUUCGUAGAAUUCAGUGGGUUAUAUAAUGAACUUAGAAGAUAGAAACAAAGUAUCAGUCCAGUCAUGCUAGUAUCAAUCUGAUACCGAUAAUAGUGGUGUUAUCUAUACUAUCUUUAGCUUUGCACGUACCAUGUGGAACUCUUGCAUCUAUCAAGCCAUUGGUUCAAACAACAGCUUUGCCAGUUUUAGAGAUGGGGAGGGUACUUUAGUCUGCAAUGUGUGUGUCCUCUAAUUCAACAAUGUCACCUUUGAUUUAUACCUUCCUCAUGCACGCUUUAGCACUGAAAUUUUAGCCCAUUAAACAAGCCCUUGCCUAACUG